AAUUUCCCGAAAGCUAAUCAUGUCAACUCCACAUGGCAUUCAGAUCCUCAGAACUUUUUAGAUGCCAUUUUCACCAUUUUCCCACUGCAUUUCUCGCCACAAACAACCUACCCAAGAUAGCAAGAACUCCAGUUUCCAAUCCCCGGUCAGGUUCUUUCUGAAAUGGUGUAGAAUACAUUGAUAAGGGAGGUUUGAGAGGAAAGUGGAGCUUAAGGAAGGUGAUAAUGGCGCCGAGGAAGAAGUUACAAGGUGUCGAUGAUGAGUUGCAGAAGUUGCUUGAUGCUAAUAUGGAUGGUGUGGCCGCUAGACGCCGUGCGCGGGAGGCGUUUAAAGGAAUUCAGCUGGGAAUUGAUCAUAUUCUGUUCAAGACACCAAGCGACGGAUUGAAGAUGGAAGAGACAUAUGAAGUUAACUCCAGAGGACUGAGUAUAUUCUCAAAAAGUUGGAUUCCAGAGACUGUCCGUCCUAAAGCAAUGGUGUAUUAUUGUCAUGGCUAUGGAGACACCUGCACAUUUUUCUUUGAAGGAAUUGCAAGAAAGUUAGCAAUGUCAGGUUAUGGCGUAUUUUCUAUGGAUUAUCCAGGAUUUGGUCUUUCAGAAGGUCUCCAUGGUUUUAUUCCAAGCUUUGACAGAAUUGUAGAUGAUGUCAUUGAACGUUACUCCAAGGUGAAAGAGAACCCGGCGUUUAGUGCUCUCCCAAGUUUUCUCUUUGGGCAGUCUUUGGGGGGAGCUGUGGCUCUCAAGGUACAUCUAAAACAACCUCGAUCGUGGAGUGGUGCAGUUCUUGUUGCGCCAAUGUGCAAGAUUGCAGAUGAUAUGGUUCCACCAUGGGCACUUGCACAAGUAUUGAUCGGAAUCUCUAAAUUCCUUCCAAAGUACAAGUUGGUUCCACAGAAAGAUUUGGCGGAGUUAGCUUUUAGGGACUUGAAGUAUAGAGAACUGACAGCAUAUAAUGUUAUUGCAUACAAAGAUAAACCACGCUUGCAGACUGCAGUAGAGAUGUUGAAAACCACACAAGAAAUAGAACGCAGAUUGAAAGAAAUUUCCCUGCCAUUAUUGAUCCUGCAUGGGGAGGCUGAUACCGUAACCGACCCAUCUGUGAGCAAGGUGUUGUACGAGAAAGCGAGCAGUUCAGAUAAGAAAAUAAAACUUUACAAAGAUGCAUACCAUUCUCUUUUAGAAGGUGAACCAGAUGAAGUGAUACUCGAGGUAUUUAAUGACAUCUUCACUUGGCUGGAUGAGCGCUGCAAGUAACUGUUUCGGUAACCGACUUAUCAUCGUUUUUUGUGUAUGAUUUGGUGGGGAAAGGGAAGGGGCAGAAAAAGGCGUGAAAAAGAGUUCAGAAAUUAUGCUAUGGGCUUUUCAGCGUCAGGAAACUGUUGAAGUAAUGUAUUAUUAAUGAACUAUGAAGUGAACAGGUAGAUGCUUUGAAAUUAGUCAUUGUUUUUGUUUAUGGCUUAAUAAAUCUCAAUUCAUUUGGGUGAAA